GCAGGGCGGACGCUGAACCUCAACAACGAGGUUGUGAAGAUGAGAAAAGAUGUGAAGAGAAUCCGAGUACUGGUUAUUCGAAAACUUGUCAGGAGUGUCGCCAGGCUGAAGUCAAAAAAGGGUUCUGAAGAUGCCUUAUUAAAAAAUCAAAGACGGACACAAAGACUGCUUGAAGAAAUCCAUGCCAUGAAGGAAUUGAAACCUGAUGUGGUAACUAAGUCUGCUCUUGGUGAUGAUAUCAACUUUGAAAAAAUCUGCAAAAAGUCUGAUUCUACUGCAACAGAAAGAGCAAUUGCCAGAUUAGCAGUGCACCCUCUUCUGAAGAAAAAAAUAGAUGUGUUAAAAGCUGCUGUGAAAGCCUUUAAAGAUGCAAGACAUAAUGAAACCAACUCAUUAAAGAAUGCAUCAGAAGAAAACCAGUCCAAGGACACUUUGUGUUCAGAUGAUGCCAGUAAGUUACAGCAUGAAGAAACUAUUAUUACCAGUGAGCAAAAAGAGAAAGAAACCAAAAUAUUGGCAAAAAAAACAUUAAAUAAUUCAAAAGAAAAAAUAGCCAAGCUGGAACAUGGACCCAAAGCAACAGAUGUGCCAAAUUCACCAUCAAAUCCUUCUGUGAAGAAUUCUACAGUUCAUUCAGUGGGAUCCCCAAAGAUAACUAACCCUAAAAAGAAAAUAUUAAGUCAAACCCCCCAGAAAAUUGCAUCUGAAAGCUCAGUUGGUAUUAACAGUGAUGAUGAAGAACUAGCUGAAGAGAAAGAGUAUUUUGAUGAUAGUACAGAAGAAAGGUUUUAUAAACAGUCUUCCAUGUCUGAGGAUAGUGACUCUGGUGAUGACUUCUUCAUUGGGAAAGUCAAGCGGACAAGAAAGAAAGAAAGUAGUUCUCAGUCAUCAGUUAGGGAACCAAAAAAGCACACCAAGUUGUUACUCAAAGAACAUAAACUUGAUACCCAUCAGGAUGUUAGAGACAACUUAAACAAGUCAAGUACAGAAAUAAGGAAAUUUGAAUCAAUAUUUUUUCAUUCUUUAUCUGGAUCUAAAAUCUCUCAAAGAGAACAGGCUCCCAAAAGCACAGCCGCAGAUCUUCAGCAGAAUGAACCUCAGGUCAAGAAUCAAAUUAAUAGAAGUGGACAAAGGGGACUUAAAAAUAUAAAACAACAAUCACAACUGCCCCUUCAUCCUUCCUGGGAAGCAAGCAGGAAGCGAAAAGAACAACAGUCCAAAAUUGCUGUGUUUCAAGGGAAAAAAAUUACAUUUGAUGACUAAUAAACAUCUUUCUGUUAACUUUUC